ACUUCCAUAGGACACAUUUCACGCGUUUGUCUCAACAGUCUAUCAGUGAGGGACUGUAGAGGACGGUCACAGCGGCUGGAUAUUUAUCCAGGCUGGGAUAGGUGUUUUACGGUUAUACGGUACGCACUAAGUGACAUGGCGGAUUGAUCGCGCAGGCGCUCUUCGUGUUUUCCUUUUAGAGAGAGCGGCACGGGGUUUGGGAAAACUGGGAGGUGAUGAGAGCUUGAAGCCGGUUUGAGGGUUCUCAGGGGGCAGUAGCAGCGAUAACACUUUAGGGGGAAAAAAGAAGAGAGAGAGAAAAAAAAGGACAACUUUGCAUUGGUAGUUUACAACGUAAUUGUCGGUCGGUUUUACUUUCAUUUCGAUUAGUUUAAUGUGCCUGCGCUAUAAUAGUUACUGCGUACACAAGCACCGACGGCUGCUCGGCGUUUAGGCGUCUCACGUUUUCUCAUGAAUAGGAUGUUAUCCAGCCCGGCUGGGUCGGCACUGAGCGGAAACGGAUCAGCGGGCGCGAGUGGUGCAGCUCACGGCUCUGUGGUGCUCGGCGGCGGGCUGCGCACGGGGCUUGCCCGGGCCGGACAGGCAGUGAAUACCGGAGGUACUUUCCCUGGUGCUGCAGGACGUGUGGGGGAAAGCGCGGGGAUGCUGGGAGGCAGCGGGCCUGGGAUCUCUUCCAGACCGGGUGUCAGACCCGGGAACGGCAGCGGGCUGAGCGCACUUCAGGCCGCCGCUCAGCCCGGCAUGGUAGGAGGACUCGGUGCAAUGCCCGCCAGGUUUGACCGGGACAAAGAAGUCGGCGUACCGCAGAUCUGCAGCGCCUCGGACGCGGACUCUGAAUCGGGAGACGAGGACGAACCGACCGGUUCUUCAGGGAGCAGCAGGCGGGGAGUGAAGCGCGAGAGAGCCGAGAUGGAAGGCGCUGGAAUCGGUCAGGAGGCCGGAGCUCCACCUGGGGGUUACGGGGUGCUGAGCGGCGGAGUCGCCGGAGCAAAGCCGGGCAAAAAGACACGCGGGCGGGUCAAGAUUAAGAUGGAGUUCAUAGACAACAAGUUGCGGCGGUACACGACUUUCAGCAAGAGGAAGACUGGUAUAAUGAAGAAGGCAUAUGAACUCUCCACACUAACGGGCACACAGGUGCUGCUCCUGGUGGCGAGCGAGACGGGCCACGUGUACACGUUCGCCACACGCAAGCUCCAGCCCAUGAUUACCAGUGAAACAGGCAAAGCUCUGAUCCAAACGUGCCUGAACUCGCCGGACUCGCCUCCCCGCUCAGACCCGUCCACAGACCAGCGCAUGAGCGCGACAGGCUUUGAGGAGACUGACCUCACCUAUCAGGUGUCUGAAUCUGAGAGCCUCGGAGAAACCAAGGACACUCUGAAGCCAGCCUUCACUGUGGCCAGCCUACCAGGGAGCACCAGUGCCCAGGCCACAGUGCCCACCACGUCCACCACCAUGCAGGUGAGCAGUGGCCCCUCCUUCCCCAUUACCAACUACCUGGCACCCGUGUCUGGCAGCAGCAACAGCGCUGGCGGGAGCACCAUAGCCAACACUAAUGGCACUGUUCUGAAGAGCGCAGCCACCACAGGAGGGGUCAUGCAGCUUCCUGGAGGAUUCACUUUCAUGUCAGCAGGCACUCCUUUCCCUCCUGGGACUCCAGCCAUCCCGUUGGGGCAGCUGCAGCAGCACUCUCUGGCUCUACAGGGGCAACAGGGUCAGACUCUAACUACUGCCACUGCUACAGCUACACAGACCCCACAGGGCCAGCAAGCUGUGUUUCGCCUCCCCGCUGCAGUCUCUCUCACAGGAGGAACAGUGCCACAGCAGCUCCAGGCCAUCCAGGUGCAGCCCAGCACUCAGUCCAGCUCCAUCAACAGUGACAGCAGCCCUGAGAUCUCCCAAACCAGCACUGCCUCCACAGCCACAGUCAGUCUCCCUGCUACUAUCGUCACAUCAUCAGUUCCCACUUCUGUAGCAGGUCACAUGAUGUACCCAAGCCCCCAUGCAGUGAUGUACGCCUCGGCCCCCACGCUGACCGAUGGUGGCUUGGCUGUGCUCAACGCUUUCUCCCAGAGCGCCUCGGCUAUGCAGGUGUCCCACGCACAGGCCUCGGAUACAGGUGCUGUUCCUCAGGUGUUCCUCACAGCGCCCCCUGGCACGGUUCAGAUCCCCGUUUCAGCGGUGCAGCUACAUCCAAUGGUGAUUGGCCAGCAGUCCAGCGGCAAUAACAGCAACCUGACUGAGCUUCAGGUGGUCAAUCUGGACACCACACAAAGCACCAAGAGUGAUUGAUGGGUGCUGCUGACUGAAGGCUUACCAGAGACUUGUAUCACUAUUUAUUGAUGCCUUGUUCCAUUUCAUCCAUUUAUGCCAUCUGAGUGUGUGUGAUUGUACAGUUUGUACUGUAAAUGUGUGUCCUGACUUCACAAGGACACUGAUGAAUUGAGAGACAGUAAGUUUUCUCAGUUCUGGUGUGUGUGUGUGUGUGUGUGUGUGUGUGUGUGUGUGUGUGUGUGUGUGUGUGUGUUUUGAAAUUUAUAGGACUCUAAUUCUGACAUGCGUUUUUGCAUGUUAUUUGUAUGUGUGUGAAUGUACGAGUGUUUGUCAAAGGGAAAUGGAAAAACAGCGUUACCCAACUGUUGCGCACGCACACUGCAGCCUCUCACUUUGGCCAAAGAUGAAUUAUUUUUGUCAGUAUUUCUGUGUGGAUAUAGAAAUGUGUGCGUGUUUUGAACAGGAGAAAGUUGCAGAGGCGUGAGCUAUAUCGAGGAAGAGUGAUCUCAAGUAAGAAUGAUCUUAAUAGGUGGUGGCUUUUGAAGAAAAUCAAAACGGAGCUGUACAUAUUUUUUAUUUGAUUAUUUUAGCGAUAGUGCAAUGGCAUGUGCUGUAGUUGUGUGUUUUUUUUUUUUUUUUUUUUUUUUUUUUAAAAGAUGUUAUGUUUUGUAUUUUACUUAUACAAAAAUAUUUACCGAUUGUAAAUUCAUGUAAUAUACAUAUAUUUUAUUGAUUAUAUGAUAAUGGAGAGAGUGAAUUUUUGGGCAAGGUCGUUUGUACAAAAAGAAAAACGGGAUUAAAAAACUUUCAUGAUUUCACAAACUUUACUGUAUUCUGUAGGCAUAAUCUGUUAUGCAUUAGCUUGCUGUCUGUGCUGUAGUACUGUUACUGAAGGCUGUAGCAGACCAGCUGAAAACACUGCACUCUAUUAGUAUAGAGGACUUUGCAUAAGUAUUCACCACCCUUUUGACACUUUGACCUUUUCCACACUUUGUAGUGUUACAGCCUGGAACUGAAAUGGACCUAAUUUGGCUUUUAUGUCUUGAAUCUACACAAACUAAUGCCCACCUUAUCUGGUCGCCCUAUUAUUUGUGUUAUAGAUAGAGAUAGAGCUAGAGUUGUGCCCUAUUAUUUUCUUUACAUAAAUAAGUAAAUUUCCCUCAAUUUGGUCAUUUGCCAAUUUCCCAGCCAACAGCUAACUCGCACAACAGCAGGACGGUGAGAUAAAGCAGGAGACAAGUGAAGGCAUCCGCUGCAUCUUUUCAAACUGUUGCCCAUCCUGCAUCGCAGGGCAGCAUAACGCAUCUAGGAGAAAGCACUAACUGCCAUCUUCUCAGACCCCCAGUUGAUAAGUGUUGCUCAGAUUGGCAACAAAAAAAAGUAGUCAAUUUUUGUGUGUAGAUGAUAUCUAACCCCUAAUUUAGCCUAGUUCAGUUCCAGGUUGUAAUAGUGCAAAAAAAAAAAAAUGGUUCAAGGGGGUGAAUACCUGAUGUAAGGCGCUGUAAGUGUUCACCACACUCGGAACUGAGAAUGUCAGAUUUAAAUAGAGGAUAUGAAAUGGAACUGCCCAGUUGUUCUCUCUGAUGUUUGAACCUUAUUGGAAAAAGGUAUAGUAUACAUGGUGUAAUGGUAUAUUUUUAAUAACACUAAAGCCUUUUGAAAUUUAGCAUCAAACUUAUGCAGAUUUUCAGAACUUCAGGUGACUGGCAAAUGAUCAUGUAAGGAGAACAACCUGAACUCUUGAUUCUGAAGUCACUCUGUUUAUGCUUAAGGGCUCAGUCGACUGUUAAUCCGUCAAACAGUGAAUUUACAAUGCAAGCGGAUUUAUCGAGCUAUGUUAACCAGCAACUACCACCAUGAAACCUGCGAAAAUCACAGCCUCGCCUCCUUUUUGCUCAAUCUCAGUUUUACUUCAGUCACUGGUUCUGAACCAGGCCUCAGUGUGCGAGUUUGGACUGGUUCAACAUAGACAGGUUGGUUUAUUUUUUUUGUUUUUGUUUGUUUUUUUCCUCCCCUCCUUCCUGAUUUUGACACACUGAUUUCUCAUUUUACCAAAUGACAAAGUAUGAUCAUGCUGCAGCUCACACACGUUGCCCUUAUGCCUUUUUGUAGAAAUGCUGUAUUUUGGAAUAGUAUUGUACACGUUUAUUUAUAUCUGCUUUUUGUUCUUUGUUUUUCUUUGUUUGUUUUUUGUGGGAAUGGCUUUCUGUUCUUGGUUGAUGCGGCUUUCGGUUUUGUAUUCCGUGCCCAGUUUAGCAUUUGGUGGCAUGAAGUUGUACAUGGUUCUCUUCAAGCCGAACACUGUUUCUCCUACACUCUGUUUUCUCCUAUAGAAAAUGUGAAAUCUUUCACUGAAAUCUUUGUUUGAUACAUUUUUAGAUGUUUGUUUUAUAGAUAUGAAGUGGUGUGCAAAACAGACUGAACACUGGUUCCUUUAUUGUUUAGAAUUUUAAGGUUUUGCUUGCUUUUCCAUUUAUUAUUAUUAUUUUCUUCUGUUUUGGAAAUCUUCAUGUAAUGGCAAGUGUACAGAAAGUUUUGUAAUAAAAAAAAAAAAAUUCUCUUGA